CCUGCCUUCCGGGGUCGGGAGCUGGCGCAGCAGGGGCAGAGCAGCCUCCUUGCAGCCUCUGGGGUCUGAGCUGCUUGCCUAUCAUGUCCGUCCAGUUGCCCUAGUGACUGUGUGACCCUUCUCCCCCGCCCCGCGCUGCCACCCACCCUAUAAAUAGAGGCGAGGAGCAGCUGGGCUCUCUUGGCAGUCACGAUGAGGGCGCUGGUCCUGCUCUGCUGCUUCGUGGCCUCGCUUCUGCUCCCAGGACAAGCAGAACUGCAAGUUUCCGCUUCGGGUGGCACAGAAGAUGUUGGCAGUUUGUUGGAGAAUCAUUUCUCUGCUGGAGACGCAAGUCUAGAGGAGAAGGAAAGGGCGCUUCAGGCAGAAGCGGCCCCUGGAGAGACGAACCUGCUCCUUCACCCCACAGAUGGCAGGGAGGCUGGGGGCUCUGAGAAGACAGCCGCCGGGGCCCCCGCCACCAACGGCCUGGGCUCUGAUGCCGAAGCCAGCCUCUGCAAAGCCUCAGCCUCCAAGUCAGCUUCCCCCGGGGAACCUGCGGGGUCCGGGGAGGAAGAUACGGGCCCGCCUGGAGCAAGCGCCCUUCCCCCAGGAGGGGAGGCGGCGCCCGGGGAGCAGGGGGCGCCAGAGCUCAGCUCAGGAGAGGGCCCAGGACAGGAGGCGGAGGGACAAGCUGGGAGUGGCGAGGUCCCCGAGGAAGCCGCGGAGGCGCUAAGGGACGACCCCGCGCAGGGAGCAGCAGCAGGGCCCCCAGAGCCUGAAGACUCAGGGGACUCUCCCAGCAAGGAGGUCGAGACAGGAGGGGAGGGCAGCCCAGGGCCCGGCCCGGAGCCAGAAUUGCCAGAUGGAGUCGCGGACUUGGACGCAGAAGCCGCGGAGGGGGCGGAGGACCAGGGGGAGCCCAGCCCCAGCCCAGCGUCGGACGCGCGCGCAGAGGUGGGGGGCGCGCAGGAGGACCGCCCCGCAGAGGGGAUCCCCGAGGACGAUGAGGACGCGGCCUCCUACGAAGAAGAGGGGGGCGAAGAAUCCGAAGAGGACAGCGGCGACGGGUCUAGUUCGGAAGAAUCAGGGGGCGCCUCGGAGGAAGAAGAAGCCGGGGAGGAAGUCGGGGAAGGACCCCAGGAAGCGGCGGGAAGCUCGAGCAGUGGGGAAGAGGGGCCCCGACCAAGCGCUGAGGAGUCGCACGCUGGGCCCGAGGGGGCCGAGGCGCAGGAGCCCAAGGAGGAGGGGCCUCAGGAAGAGGCGGAAGAUGUGAGUGAGGAAGCCCCGCUGAGGGACCGCUCCCACAUUGAGAAAACUCUGAUGCUAAAUGAGGACAAGCCAACUGAUGAUUUCUCUGUGGUGCUGCAGCGGCUUCGAAAGAUCUACCACUCAUCCAUCAAGCCCCUGGAGCAGUCUUACAAAUACAAUGAGCUUCGGCAGCAUGAGAUCACAGAUGGGGAAAUCACAUCCAAGCCAAUGGUGCUGUUCCUGGGACCGUGGAGUGUUGGCAAAUCCACCAUGAUAAACUAUCUCCUUGGGCUGGAAAACACUCGCUACCAGCUCUAUACAGGCGCCGAGCCCACCACCUCCGAGUUCACGGUCCUCAUGCACGGGCCCAAGCUGAAGACCAUCGAGGGUAUCGUCAUGGCUGCUGACAGUGCCCGGUCAUUCUCGCCCCUUGAGAAGUUUGGCCAGAAUUUCCUGGAGAAGCUGAUCGGCAUUGAGGUUCCCCACAAACUUCUGGAGCGGGUCACAUUUGUGGAUACGCCAGGCAUCAUCGAGAACCGCAAGCAACAAGAAAGAGGUUACCCGUUCAACGACGUGUGCCAGUGGUUCAUCGACAGAGCGGACCUCAUCUUUGUUGUCUUUGACCCAACCAAGCUGGACGUGGGUCUGGAGCUGGAGAUGCUCUUCCGCCAGCUGAAGGGGCGUGAGUCCCAAAUAAGGAUCAUCCUGAACAAAGCCGACAACCUGGCCAUGCAGAUGCUCAUGAGGGUCUAUGGGGCCCUCUUCUGGAGCCUGGCCCCGCUCAUCAACGUCACAGAGCCCCCAAGGGUGUACGUCAGCUCCUUCUGGCCAUAUGACUACAAGCCCGACACCCACAGGGACCUGUUUCUCAGGGAAGAGAUCUCCCUCCUGGAAGACCUGAAUCAGGUGAUUGAGAACAGGCUGGAGAACAAGAUUGCCUUCAUCCGCCAGUAUGCCAUCCGGGUCCGCAUUCACGCCCUCCUGGUCGACCGCUACCUGCAGACAUACAAGGACAAAAUGACCUUCUUCAGUGAUGGGGAACUGGUCUUUAAGGACAUUGUGGAAGACCCUGAUAAAUUCUACAUCUUCAAGACCAUCCUGGCAAAGACCAACGUCAGCAAAUUUGACCUUCCCAACCGCGAGGCCUAUAAGGACUUCUUUGGCAUCAACCCUAUCUCCAGUUUCAAGCUCCUGUCCCAGCAGUGUUCCUACAUGGGAGGUUGCUUUCUGGAUAAGAUUGAGCGGGCCAUCACCCAGGAGCUCCCCAGCCUCCUGGGAAGCCUUGGGCUGGGGAAGAAUCCAGGUGCUCUCAACUGUGACAAAACAGGGUGUGGCGAAACCCCAAAGAAUCGCUAUAGGAAACCCUAGGUUGCUGUGUCGCCAUUCUCGGGCUCCUGUUGGUGAAUGAGCUUGUGUCCUAACUGUCUGAGAAGUCCUGGUUUAUUAACCCUUUGAGCCACACUGGCAGGAACCCUUAUGCAUUGGAGAUUUGGGAGUUAAUUGAGGCCAGUUGGUGGGGUAAGGGGUGGGUCGAGGGGGGAGAGUGGAAACUGUGAAUUGUGACAUGCUUGUCUUGUUGCUUCAAUUAGGAACCUGACUGAGGCACGUCAGGCCACACCUGCUUUUCCUGGACCCCUCUUGGAGGGACAGAGAGCAGCUAAAUUCUAGUGUAAACUGGAUUAACGAGCAUCACAUGAGCUAAAAGCAGCUGAAAUUCCUUUUUCCCCCGAUAAGCUGGGAAACUAGAGGAGAUUUGAGUUCCGUAGGGCUGUCUGCUCCGUCCACGUGGCUGCCUUCCACACACAGUCUUCUGUUUGUCCCCAGCCCUCGGCUGCCUCCUGAGCUUGGGUUGGCUUCAACAGGAGACAGUCUCUCAGGGUCUGAAUCAACCUGGGUGUUGAGCCUACCCCCAGGCCUCUCCCCUGUUUCCCCAAGGGGUGGGGAAUGAUUCAGGAUACCAGAAUGCUGAGAGAGAACAAGAGUUCCCGGCUAGAAAGAUCUGCCUCCCCUAGGCCAUUUCUCUGGCAUUGUUUUCUAAGCCAGCCAGGAAGCUCAGUCCCUUCCUUGGCCCCAAGAGGAGGGUGACUGUUCCAUGCAUUCAGGUAAUUUACUUGUUAGAAGUGACUUCAGUGAAAGUCCCGGCAGGGCUCAGAGGGUUAAUUGGUUUGCAGUGUGUCUUUGUCUAUUGCAUGUCUUGGAAAACUCAGACCCCAAAGGCUUUGGGUUUCAGAGGGGACAGUGGAGAGCUUCUUGCUGUUGCCACAGCUUCUCCGUGGAGACACUUGGCAGAAGAUUCGUUCCUUCCUGGUUUUCAUCACAUGGCUUUUCCUUUCCCUUCUUCUCCGUUCCCUGAUGCGCUGACACUCGAAACUCGGAGCAAUUUCCCAGGAGUCAGAACCAGCACCAGCCACUUGGUGCUGGUGGCAACCUAGGCCUGACCUUCGGUUUCCCACCUGAACUUGAUGCUGAUACCCACCAAGCGCACAUGGUAGGGGAGCCUGGCCUUCAAAUACCAGUGAGUGUGAAUGUGUGUGUAUUACGUUGUCCAAGAGAGAUUAGGGAGAUAACAGGUGCCUGAGGGCACAGAGGAGGAGCUAGCUAUGAGAGUCAUGCCUGCCUGGCGGAGGGCAAUGGGGAUGGGGGACAGAAGGAAGAGCCUGGAGGGGACAAGCCUCUUGAUGGGAAGUGAGUGGGUGAAGAGUCUAAGUCCAGGAGACCCGGGCGGCCCGGCUGCCCCGAGGGCCUCCUCCUGCCGAGUGACAACUGACCCGGCCCCUCCUGGGAGUGACCUGUCUCGGGGGACUUCACCAGGAGGACCCACCAGCACCAGGGGAUCACCCGGACCAGAAGGACAGUGAAGACGAAGCAGAGGGAGAGGCGCCCUGAGGAUUAGGCAGUGGAGGCAAAUUGGCAAAUUGGUGAUCAGAUUAGGCCCACGUGGAGAACUGCAAUCCCGGAAUUCCUGUUUCUCAGAAUGAUUAGCACUCCAGCAAGUGCUGCAUCAGAGGCUGCCUCUUUUGGCUUUUUGGAGGACCCGGGACCUCCCACAAGAAGACCAGAGGCCCCACCGCCACCAGGACGUUGUUUCUAAGGACAGAGCCAACCGGAGAAGCAAAGCCUGCCAGGGGCAUCCAAGGAGCCUGGUGACCAGCACCUGGGGAGCUGCUUCCUUCUCAUUAAAAAGCAGCCCUGGCUUCAUCUCCCAUCCUUUGCACUCUCAAGGGGCUGCCCUCCCACUUUGCUCCUUAAUGCCCCUUCCUGCCCUCAGCUACUCUUGGCAUAUCUGUUUUUCCCAGUGAAGAAGGGGAAGAAAAAGUGGAGAACUGGGCAUUGUCAUAGCUGCGGAGGUCGCCACUGCUUUGGGGGAAGCAGCUGGAAUGAGAUGAACACAUUCAUACAAUAUUUAUAUUUUCUGGGGGGGGGCAACAUCAUCAGCGAUCUUUCCCCCCUUUUCUUUUCUCCAUCCAGCUAACUUUUCUUACUCCUUCUGUUCCUCUGUUCACCCCUUGACUUCCCUUCUUUCUAACUUCCCGCAGGCUUGUCAACCAGCUGGGGCUUUAAGUGCUGUUUUGUGCCCCGCUCUGUGGAGGUGGAUUUCGAGCAGAAUUCUGACUCUUUGGGUGGGGGUGGGGGGUAGUGGGGAACUGGGGGGGAUUUGGAAUCCGGAGAUUCCUCCAGGAGGAGUAUCUAUGAACGUUUGUGCCUGAACAGUUGCUGUUUCUCUCCGAAGCAGAACCUUUCCAGUGCUCUUUCCAUUCUGAGUUCAUCAGGGAGAAAGUCUCAAUAAAGUUCCAAUCUCUCUUUAA